CGUGUAUUAGUGUAUUCUAGUAGUGUAAUAUUGUUUAGUGAUUGUAAAGUGUAGUGAUUGUUUAGAGCAUUUUAUACAGAAUUGUAAAAAUGUCAGACACCGAACAAAAAGAGGCAAUAGCCGCGCGAGGUCGCGCCAAAGGCUCAAUCACACGUUUAAAAAACAGCUUUGACCGAGAAGCGCUCAUAAAUUCGCCGAUAGAGUUAGUGCAAGCAAAGAAAACUAGGCUUCUAGAAGCCUUUCGCGAAUAUGAGCGCCUCACUAGCAAGGUUGCCUCGCUUUUUUCCUCCCCACCAGCUACUCUCGCCACCGAUGACGAGGAGGUGGAAGAUAACUACAUUUUGUUGAUAGCACAGUUAGAUAGCAUCAUAAAUGUUAUUCGCCUACGGGACAAUCCUCCUCAAGUGAGCGCUACCAGCAGCAGCGAAAAUGGCGUAAGUGUCAAGUCGGAGAACCUCAAACUGCCUCGAGUCGUCAUAAAAACAUUCACAGUUGUCAAACAGCAUCUUGCUGCUCUGCAAAACCUGGGUGAGCCGGUAGAUAAGUGGGAUGCCAUAAUAAUUUGCAUCCUAUCUAAGAAGAUUGACCUGCCUACCUACAGAGCAUUUCAACUGGAGCGAGAUAACAAUGUGUCGCCCACGGUAAAAGAAUUCCUAGGUUACGUGGAAAAACGUGCCCUAGCAUUUGAAAACACUGACGUGCAGAAGGGGCCUUCGCAGAGCUUUGUCAACCAUCCUGUGGCUGCACAACCAAAGCCGUCCGCGCAUCAGCCUCAGCUGCAAUGUUUAUACUAUUCUUCUGACGCAGACGAAGAAUAAUGGAGACCAAGCAACCAAACAGCCUAUCGUGACUGCGGGCAGUGCAAGUACUCCGGUACCGAGCUUUACAACCUCGAGUGCUGCAGCUUCAAGUACUUCAAUAGCAUGCGCCGCUACGCCACAAGGUCCUACACUAGUGCAGACAUCAUUUGGCGUGAUCAUCGGUGGUCGAAUGCAGCUACCUGCAAGAAAAAAAUCCAAACAGACUGAAUGCCGUUGCCACAACUCACCUGAUGUGUUUCAUGCCUGCACCACGGUUCACUGCUUCGUGCGAGUUCGGUA